CUACGCCGUUAUCAGAUCCGUUGCUACUGGCGGGAGACGCAGUCCAGGCGGCGGACGGAAUCUCGAAGUCGCCCCGAGGAGUCCCGAGGGAGAGACGUGAACGGCGCAGAGUCCAGGCCAAGGUUGUAGUUUUGAGACACGUUCAUGAACUGUAAGUGUUAGAGGCACGCCAGCAAUCCGUGUGUAUGGGAAGUGCACAUCUUGGCCAGUAAUUACCGGUGACACUUACUCCGUUCCCUCUGUGGGUCGCGGCGCGUCAGUGUGCCCUGGGAUGUCCGGCAAUACGGCCACCACCCUGCCCACCGGCCAGCGGGGGAAGAGCUUCGCCAUGGAGUAUUUGCUGGGCGGCGGUGGCACGGGCGGAGGGAAGGAUGUUGGUGGCGGCGGCAGCGGCUCCCUGGCACCUCUUAGAUUGAAUCUGCCACACCUGUACAACACGUGUCUCCUGCCACACCUGCCCGGCUUGCCGCCCCCCCUGCUGCCAUCACUACCCUACCCUCCGCUGCAUCACUACCCUCUGCCCUCCGCCCUCGCUGCAGGCCUGCAGGGCACGCUGCACCCGCCCCUGCUUGGCCUGUCGCCACCGGGACUCGGGAUGCGCCACCUCGGGGACUUGGGAGUGACUCGCAGGGACGUGCUAGGGCUGGACGGCCCUCAGAGUCCAGGCUCAGUCGGCGAUCACACCAACACAUCCGACUCGGACCACCACGACCACGAAAAGUCAGAUGACCUGACCGACGACCUUGAGAUUGAUCCUGUUGAGAGUGACGACGACGAGACCGGCUCACCCUCCGACCGCAUCUCCAGAGCGGGCGAGGGCGGUGAGGGCGCAGGCACAGGGGCGGGGACGGGUGUGGGCGGUAGCAAGUCGAGGCGGCGGCGCACGGCCUUCACCUCGGAACAGCUGAUGGAGUUGGAGAGGGAGUUUCAGACCAAGAAAUACCUCACACUCAGCGAACGCUCCCAUAUCGCCCAGACCCUUAAUCUUUCUGAGGUCCAAGUCAAGAUAUGGUUCCAAAAUCGACGAGCCAAAUGGAAGCGCGUCAAGGCGGGGCUGGUGUCGGGGUCUGCGGGCGGCGGAAAGAGCGCCUCCUCAGGCCACAAGAUCAUCGUGCCCAUCCCCGUGCAUGUUAACCGUCUCUCCAACCUGUCCCAGUCGCAGCAGAUGGAGAAAGCACAGUCUACCGGUCCAGGUGUAGGUGCGGGAGGGUCAGUCUCCAUCAGCUGCACCACCACCUCGCCGCUGCCCACUAUCAAGACCAUGGAUCCUCCCUCCAGCAUCCAGUCCCGCCGCUCCGCCUUCCAGGGCCUCCCACAGCCACAGCCGGUAUCCUUGGCUCAGUCUCUCACCCAGCCGCCGCAGCCGCCGCCACCCAUCUCAGUGUCGUUGUCCCAGAGCCUCCAGCCGAGCCUGUCCGCCGCCCUAGCCCACAGUCACUCACCAACGAUGCCUCGCCUCAGCCACGCCCCUUCCCUUGCCUUGUGAAGGACACCAUGAUGGCUGAAACUUACUGAAGCAUCGAGUCUCUACCCAAGCCACAGCUGGAGUAUAACGAUCACGGCCGGCGGUCUCCCCGCCAGCCAACCGCACCACCGCGCGGUGGACAAGCAGCACGUUGAAUGCCUCAUGCUUGCAGGAAAUGUCUUACAACGAGAAGAAAGCUGUCAGAAGACACUGAUGCAUCCAAUGGAAAUAUAUCAAAGUAAAAACUAGGAAAACAGCUAAAUGUUAUGUGACGGUAACAGAAAUCGGUGGUCAUGAAGUUCUGUUUGAUCAUGAUGGCGCACCAAAUAACUGACGAGUUUUAAUCUUUAUAUUUGUUUCCGUUUUUGUACAGUGAGAGGUAAUCUGGGUCUUAGGGUUAGAACUGCUUUCUCUCCAGUUAACCCACAGCCACACCUCUACAGAAAUAGAGCCCCUCUCUCGUCUCCCGGCACACACACUCUGCCUCCCAAACUCCAGUCACAAAAGGGGAGCGGGUGCGAGUGAUCACAGUCGCUAUAUUAUAAGAGCGAGGAGAAAGCCUCGAUGCCCACCACUACUCGGUGGAGACGGAGACUCCUACCAGGGAAUGAACGACUGGAGAAGGAGGAGCAGGGGCUGGUUCGCUCCGUGCCCCGAGCAGACCGAGGAGGGAGCGCAUGCCAGCUUUAAGAUUUAGUUCUGUAAAUAGUGCUUGUAGGUAAUGUACUGUUAUGUUGCUGACGAGGAGAGUGAAUGUACUGAUAGUGUAGCUGUAGCAAAGCCUCCCGCCGGUUUAAAAACAAAACCUGCCAUCCCGCACCACUCCACUGCUCUGCCUGGCCUGCCUCCUUACACUGGCUAAAACUUCCUCCUCCUCAUCAUCUUCUUUCCCUUCGCCUUCUUCUUUUUUAAGAAAACACUAUCUCUCGGACAACACAUACAUACACACACACACACACACACACACACACACACACACACACACACACACACACACACACGGUGAUGGUGGGAAAGUGGUGAGGUCAAGGCUGCAUGUGAGCCGCCCCUCUUGGACGGUGACUUCCAGGGGGCGAAGGUUAGCGGGGAGGAGAAUGGCGUUACGUACACACAUUACUGGGGUGGUGAAGGUGGAGCGGCUCGGAGGGGCAGGAUGGAGUGCACCACUUGUCAUCAGUCUUACGUGGCGCCUUACCAGACUUCUUCGCGGCAUCCCCCAAAAACUGGUGAUAUAUUGCAUGGUAAACUAUUCCCAGAGAGUUCAAGCGAUGGGUUGUAAUGUACAUACCUGCACCCUUCACGGGACAUGACCCAUCACCACAUAGUUGCCUUCAUCCCCAAGAGUCACUGCCCAAAAUAAUAAGAAUACUACAAAUAAUGUUUAAUUAUUAGGACCGCCGGAUUAUAUAACUGUAAGCGCCUCCCUUACCACUAUUGCUUCAGCCUGGAACCGCCCCAACCGCCCCGCUCCGCCCCUCAGCCUCAACCAAGCCGCCGUCAUUGUUGGAGAUCAGCAAAUAAAUUUAAUCUGAGAAAUUUAUAUACGUACAUAUGCUAUCAAUAAACUGAAUUUACGUAAAA